CUGGAUUACAACGAACAAAAUGUUGACACUGCAAACGUGAAAAACUUCGGUAUGACAUCAACAACAGAAGGAUCCACCACAUUACAACUUCUCAAUUUCACCCUUUCGUCAACGGUGCCCGUUCAAUAUCGGUUUAUUCCUGGAUCGGUCACCGAAACAGACUUUAACGUGUCCACCCCAAAUUCUAUCUCAACCUCUUCUAUUUCGGCAACUAUUGUAAAUGGGACUGAAGUAAGAAAGCGGCAACAGUUUUCAAACGGAACAGGGUAUUAUAUAGAAGAAGAGCCAGAAGGAGGGUUGUCAGAACUUCAAACGUUAUUUCUGGCAUGUAUAGCAACUUUUCUACCACUUAUCAUUUCUCUCUUAGCAGCAUUUGGCAUAAG